CAAAACUUCAUAAACAUACAUGCGGCUAGCCACUAUAAAAAAAUACAUAUACAUCAACUGUGAAAGGUUUGAGCAAGUAGAAGAGAUAGGAACAAAGUGAACAAAACAGCUUCGGGUCCAAUAUCAUUAACGCGCGUUUCUUAUAUAAGUACAAGAUGAUACAUUUUAGAGACGUAAAACAUGGAAGCAAAAAGUAUCUCUCUGUAUCAACAAGCAAGAAGAGCGACGAUGAGAUUCUCUUAGAGGUGUAUAAGCCAUUUGCUCGCGAGUUUUGGGGCGCAACUGUUGUUUCAUACCGAAUCACGGACUGGACUCCCGAGUGCAAGUAUCAAGCUCAAACAAUGCGGACUUUAGUAUCUGGCUUUCCUCACAAGUCAUCUUCUACGAUCCUUCCUUCUUUGGGUAGACGUAUCAUUGAUGAAAACCUCCCUUUGACAAAGACCUUAUUACUUGGUGGCGAGUUUAGAUUCGUCACAUGUUAUUGGGAUUGGGCCGAAGACAUUUUGAGUAUGAGUAAAAACGUUCUGGAGGAGGGGCUUAUUUAUGAUGUCAUUUAUGCCCCUUUGUUCACGUAUGAUCGGUGAAUGAAUGCUAUGCAAGCAUUCUGCGAGGCGUGGUGUCCGACAACGAAUACUUUCCUUACGUCAAUUAGCGAGUUGACGAUCACACUUUGGGACUUACACAUUAUCGGAGGAUUGCCCAUCAUAGGAGAUGCAUAUGAUGAAUCUAUUCCCAGUGCUUCUGAUUUGCUAGAUAAGAGCAAUGACCGUUAACUUCAUCUUUGCAAAUAUUUGCUUCACGCAUACCAUCAUCUUCUUCCGAAAAUCGAAGAUAAAUGUGUUUUGUGUGUCCAUUCGUGGGUCAAAUUCCGGUUCAAGAAGGCCUCCAAAUAUACCAUGCCUCCAUUGAGAACCGAAAAGAAACGAACAUCUCGUGCUAAGGCGACCCAUAAUCCGAGUGGAGCUAUUCCAAAAUUUGGAGGGUGGUCGACUUCUACGAGGGUACCUUUUGAUGUUUUGAAGAUUCCUGCUGAGUAUGAGGAAGAGAUCUACUUGGCAUCAUUUUUAUCAUGUUGGCUUUGUGUAUUCGUCUUGCCGCAUGAAGGUCCUAGAGCUAUUCGCCCAGAAACUUUUAAAGUUGCUUGCAUGAUGGCUCAAUGGAAGCGGAUAUGUAUUGCAGUCCCAGUCCUUGCUAGUAUUUAUCAUGGACUCAAUCAGAUCUCGAAUGCUCCAACUCCUUAUCAAGUUAGAACGUGCUUUCCUGCUCACUAUGUUUAUGGGUGGCUGGCAUCAUACUUUGAUACACAUUUUAAGAAUGAGAUUCAGUCUACGAUGCCAUCGAUGAUUUCUUAUUCGGGAGAAGGUGGAGCGAGAUCCCUUGAAAAGAGAGCUGCACGCAGGAGAAUUUUCCAGGGAGAUGUAUCAGCAUGGGUGUGUUCUACGCAUCGGAGAAUGAAAGAGUAUACAUUCUUUGAUGGAGAUAAUCCUCCGGGAUUUGAGUUGGCACUUUUUAGGAGUCUUCGGUGUAAUCACCUCAUAUUACGCCAUCAAAAUCAUUGUAUCACCGAGCCCUACACUCCUCAUCGCUUUAGUCGUCAGUUCGGGUACUUUCAAGCUUAUGUGCCUGGUUUUCUUGAGAGGCAUAACCGACGUGUUACACUUUCCGAUGGAUCUCGAUUUUGGCUGCAGUUUGAGCAUGGCUUGUCUGUGGUGAAAGCAGUGUUUCCAACUCCUCCGACUAUUCCGGCAAAGUAUUAUUCCUUGGAGUAUAAAGAAUGGUGGAAUCAAGUUCAUGGUAACUAUCUCGAGAAUCAUGUGAGUGACUUGAUCAGGAUUUGCGAUCUUGCUGUUGGUGAUGUGAUCUCCCCUUCGGAUCCCAUGACUCCAGUCUCCAAGAAUAAUAAGAAGGUAUUUGAUACUGAAGCUAAGUCUUUGCCCCAGAAAAAGGCUAAGCUUGCCGCACCUAGGGCUAAAGUUUUGAUCAAGGAUGCUGAGAAAGAAACACCUCCUGCCAAGGUGAGUGAGAAUCAAGUUCUUGAGAAGCAAAGUAACGAUGAUAGGAAUUGGAAGCAUCUUCAGAGAAAACCUCAUCCCGGGCCACUGAGGAUUCAUUCAAUCCUUGAUGAUGCUAGUUCUUCAAAUCAUGUUUCUUCAUCUAGCUCAAGUGGAGGAGAAACUGAUGAUCAUGACACUGUCGCAUGGUUGAUGGAAAAAGCUGCCCCAAGUAAUUGCAAAGAAGUUCCAACCAACGAGAUACCGAAAUCCCCUCGUGCGAGACCGGCUGUAUCUGUUUUUCAAGCAGAGAACUACUUCUUUACUUUGUAUAAGCGGUUCCUCAUUGACACAUGGGGCGGUAUUCAAAUGAAGUUAGAAAAGGCUAUAGCAUAGAACGUCUCUUCUCUUCGAGAGGAUGUUCAGAGUUGUGUUAUCCUGAUGGAGAAGGACAGUAUUGACCUUUCCAUGUUGAAGACAAGAGUGAAGAAUUUCUUUGAAAGAGCACAAGCAUUUGAUCAAAAGUGCUCGACUGUUGCUGACAGGGUCCCUACGGAGAACCAGUCUCGGGAAUUGGCUAUGUCACAAGCUUUUUGUGCAGAUAUUGAAGCUAAGAGAUCUCAAAAUCAAGUCGCAUUACUUGAUGAUGAGAAAUCUCUUAAUGAAAUCAAGAAGAAGAUAGCCUUAUUGGAAGCUGAAGCUAAGGAAGUAGAAGUUUUGAUUUCCCAGCGUCAUGCAGAGGCUAGUGACUUGGAUGCAGCUCUUACGAAGGCCAAGGAGGAAUCUUCACGGAUUUUGAAGACUAUCAAAGCAUCAGACGAAGAUCAACUUGCUUUAAGUACCCAGAAGGAGCUAGAGGCUUUGAAGGAUGACUUAGUCAGUUUUAAAUUGGUUUUAGGCUGAGUUUGUUUUUACUUGUUUAUAGAUUAAUUUUUAGUCAGCUAGCAUUUUCCUUUUUUUCUUUCCAUCAAACUAUAUAUGGAUAUUUUUCUUCCUUUCUUGCUUCUCAUGAGUUCAUAUCGCCUUGCUUCUUUUUCAAUG